GCAUAUAUCACAUUGCUCGCCAUCUUCGAUAUUCUCAUCAUCCUGAUUUUCUCCCAAGAUUGAAUGCAUGGAAAAUGCAGGAGAAAGCGUGAGCAUUCCAACGACCCCAAGAUCGCCCCAAUCCGACCGAUGAUGCCGAAGUUACAAGAAUUCCAAGAUUGGAAGUUCUAAUGACAAAUGCUAUACCUCGGGUAUCUCAUGGGUCUUAUAAUGGGGAUCUUGUGGUUAGAUGGUUGGGGAGAAAACUUUGACUUUUGGUUGGGGUGGCUUGGUUGCUACAAGCCAAAAUAUGCAAGUGUUGCAAAUGUUGCAACAUCUUGCCAAAUCCAAUCUCUUUGGAUUUGGCAUAUGACUCUAGACUUCUAGGCGCGUCCUUCCACCAAGCAGAUUGGCGUUUGGUUGAGUUGAGGCUCUGCUUAAUUCGUGCAAAGUAGGCCGAUCCUAUCAACAAGUGGUAUCAGAGCCAGUACCUAUCUUUGCGACGACGAAUCAUGGUCAUUUAUCAACCAAUGUCUACGAGUAGGACCUGUUUCGAGUAGCUCAGGUUGCGAGCUUUCCAACGAGCCUAUUUUCAGGUCUUUAUGCAAAGGCGUGUGUUCGUGGCGUCGUUUCUUGUAAAGCUGAACAUUCUGCCAGAAUUCUGCCAGAUUCGGUUUGUUACGAUUUCUUCAUUCCUAGCUAGCAGAUGCCAGGUCUUGCAACGGUUCGACAUGUCGCAGGCCAAGGAAGUUACCACUCCCCUGCAGACCGACCACCAGCUUGCCCCUCCUCCUGCUCCCUCCUCCUCUGAUCAUCCUUACGCUGAGCUCGUCGGUUUGCUGAUGUACACUAUGUUGUGCACCCGCCUCGACCUUGCCUACCCCAUAAGCGUUCUUGCUCGCUUGGUCGCUACCGGUCGCCACACUGACGAGCACGAGGCUGCAGCGAAGCGGUGACUCCUCCUGGGCUGACUCCCAGCGGGAUUUUGUUCCUCUCAAGGCUACGGCUUCACCCUUGGCAGCGUCCUCAUCAGCUGGCACUCCACUCACUCCUCUUCCAUCGCCCUCUCAUCCUGCAAGGCUGAGCUCUAUGCUUGUACC